GCGAAACUGAAACAGGAUCUAAAUAUUAUUCCAGCGGAAGCCAAAAAACAAGAAUCGGUGAUGGCGGGAGAAUCCGAGACAUGAUUCACGGUUAAAAUUCACUUGCAAGGAACGUGCCAUCAAAUACAUCGCCACGGGGGGGCGAGGCCCGCGGCGGCGGCGGCGGUUAGGGCAUCCCGGACCCAUGCUCCACGGCCGAGAUAGCCUGGUCCGGCUCAUCGGAAAGCGGCGGCGGACCUUUUCCUCCCCCCUCGCCCAACAUCUUCGCCCACAGAGUGCUGCAAAGAGGCGGCCCUCCCCAUCUUCGGUGGAAGACGAAGCACCGCCUCCGAAACAAGAGAGCCAAAUCCACGGCGCAGAGCGGGUUUCAUGCCCCGUUUGCGGUAGCUCUAUUCGCGGGACGGAUUACAGUGUGAAUUCUCAUCUGGACACAUGCCUAGCCAGAGGAGUGAAACGAAAGUUGACCCAAAGCACGCUUCUUCAGUUCAAGUUUUGCCCAAGAUCUAGAAGUGAAUCCAGUUUAGUUGAUUUAGACAAUGAUAAGGAGAAGGCAAGGAAAAGGGGAUCGACUAAUGAAAGUGACCCCAGUAAUUUUCCUUUAUCAUCUAGAUAUGGUUCAACUAGAAUGAGUGAAAGGAUGCAGUGUGCAUCAGCCUCUCCAUAUCAUUCUCUCAGCAGUUCAGAGACCUGUACUGACGCUUCCCUUGAAGGUUUAGUAAUUGAAGAUGCUGUCAUUUCUAAAGUGAAAGAUCCUCUUUACUCUCAUAUGUUUCGUCAAAGUGUGAAGACACAGAUACCUAAGCUUGAUACAUGUGGACCUGGAGAUGCUAAAUAUGUGGAAAUACUUGAAACUUUUAUAGUUGGUUGUAGAUUCCAUGACAAUGCUGAGUUGCGGCAAGGGGCAAGCAUAUUCCUUUUGAGAGACCCUCAAAAUUCCAAGGAUAGGCAUGCCAUCAAGGUGCUUUCUGCAGAUUUUGAUGGAAGGGUGCUUGGAUAUUUGCCUCGAGAAUUGGCCAAGUAUCUGUCUCCUCUAAUCGAUAAUCACCAUAUAAAGUGUGAGGGAUCUGUAACAUCUCUUCCAAGACAUCCUUAUGAUGUUAUCCCUAUUCAGCUGGUUUGUCAAAUGGCAGAAAAUAGUGAUAUGAAGUCCGAUGAUUGCCAGAUAUUAAAGUCUUUAUGGGAGAGUGUUCUCCUUGCUGUCGAAUAUGGAAGAGCAAAUCAUCCUAGCAUGACAAAAUACCAACGGAAUUUUUGUUUGAUGAUUGAAGAUGUUAUGAACCAUUAUGCUUACCUUUUUACUGAUAAAGAAAAAUCAUUUCUAGGUGUUUUUAACUCAUUAUCUGAUGAUGGUCAAAGGCUAUUUAUUCGGCUCUAUACUAGAAAAGGACCAUGGUUUCGAAUGAGCAAUGUUUCCUACCCUGAGAUAUCAGAUCCACUACAAGCAGCUGAGGAAUUACAGUUGGCUGGUUACCUCUUUUUGUUUAAUUCAUGUGAGGAUCCAUUCACAUAUGAUAUGAAAGAAGUUCUUAAUUUGCUGAAUGUUUAUGAGAUACGAGAAAUUUUAAAACAGGUGCCUCCUAAGAAAGCCAUCAAUUGCACUCGACGACCGGAGCUUAUCAAUGUUCUGUAUUCUGCAUAUGAAAAUGAAAUAUGCCCACUGCUACCAAAGGUGGUUUUUGAACGGGUAGGAACCUGUGUGAGAAUAUCAUCUGCUGCCGAUAUAUUUCUGUGGCGUGUUCAGAGACUCUUUUUCCUCAGUGGGGAGCAGGACCUUUCAUCUUUUCUAUUAGUUGAUCUUGGACUGGUCAAAUUUCCAGAUUAUGCUUGCAAUAUUUCACACCAAGUUUUUGCAGGUCGAGAUGACCUUCUUGAAUAUGAAGAGGCCAUUGAAGUGGCACAAGUAAUGGAUGAAUAUCUAGAUGCAAACAAUAUGGAUAUGGUGAUAAGGUGCAUUGAUGUGUCUGAUAGCCACAUACAAGCUAGUUUAAUGGAAGAUACUCGGUCCUCAAUUCUUGACUCCCCACCAACAUUCUUUUCAUGUUUCUCGGCUUCAUGGGUCUACUCGAAAGUGCUCACUUUGGGUAUUUCUGUUUUUGAACAUAAGCAUAGGUAUGAAGAUGCAAUACGACUUUUGAAGGGUUUAUUGAACAGAAUUACUUGUGACAGUAGAAGGGGUUAUUGGACCUUGAGGCUUUCUGUUGAUCUGGAACAUAUUGGUCGUCUUAAUGAAAGUCUUUCAGUUGCUGAAGAAGGGAUACUGGAUUCCUGGGUUCGUGCUGGUUCAAAAGUGGCACUGCAAAGACGGGUACUGCGCUUAGGCAAACCACCACGGCGCUGGAAGAUGCCUAGUUAUGCUGAUUAUGUUAAGCAGAAGAUCAAAGAAGUCUACAUUCGGGGAAGACCUUUGGUAUGUGAAACAGGAACAAAAAAUUUAUUCUAUGGUUAUGAUGGUGAGCUGUGUGGAGUAGAGCAGCUAGCCCUGCAAUAUUAUGCUGGUGAAGGUGGGUGGCUGGGUGUCCAUUCUGAAAGUGGCAUUUGGAUGACUUUCUUUGGCAUUCUCAUGUGGGAUGUUAUUUUCUCCAACAUCCCUGAUGUUUUCCGGUCCAGAUUUCAGACAGCUCCACUAGACCUUGAUACGGAUGACUUUUAUGUGGCAAGAAAGAGUCUUAUAGAAUCUCACUUACAAAAGAUACAUGAUGGUAUGGCUGACGAGAUCCUGAUAACUUCAUGGGGCUUGCAUUUUGGGACAGCUUGCCGUGGUGUCAAGUGGGAGAGACAUUCUCUAUCUGACCUACGAGCUGCUGUCUCAUGCAUUGGAGGCCGCCGUCUGGCUGCUCUCUUCCGUCAUCUCUCACUAGACUACAGGAGUUGGUCUAGUGGCAUGCCAGACCUGUUGCUCUGGCGCUUUCAUGGAGAUAUGGGCAGGGGUCAAGCAAAGCUUGUGGAAGUGAAAGGCCCAAGAGAUCGGCUUUCAGAACAACAGCGAGCAUGGAUGCUGAUCCUCUUGGAUUGUGGUUUUGAUGCUGAAAUUUGCAAAGUAAGCCCAAAUCCUAGUUCCCCAUGAUACCUCAUUUGAUGUUGUAAUUAUCAUACAUUCCAUUUCAUUCAUGUGUGAAACUAAUUUUUUAGAAGUUUGUAUAAACAAAAUAGGGAAGCUAAAAAAGAAGGGGUUCCUAGUGCACGAGGUUUGUGCCACUGCAGAAUCCAGGAAGAAUUAUUAACAUUAUAGAGGGGAAAAAUAUUCACAUUAUUAAGAUCA